AAAUAAUUUUUUUUAUUAUAUAAUUUGGCUUUGCUCUAAUAUAUGACUUGAAUAAUAUUUUUUUUCUAUUUUUAGAAAAAUUUAUAAAUAAAAACUAUUUAGAGAUGAAGAUAUGAUUUCUUUAUAUUUUUCUCUAUGAAUAGAAAAAUUAUAUUAUAAAGAUAUAUAUUAGAACAAAUCCAAUUUUAUAAUAUAUAGUAUAUUUUUUUAUUUUAGAAGAAUGCAUGAAAUAAAACAGAGGUGGUUGGAGAUGACAUUAAAUAGAACAACAUCUUUUCAUUUCGUUAACAACACUAAUAUAUAGAUCCAGUUUUAAGAUUAGAAAUUUUAUCUUUGAAAUUUCAUGAAAAUAUUAAGGAUAGAAAUUUUAAGAUUAGAAACGGAUUCGAACUUCUCCUAGACUCGUUUCCGCCAACGCGCCAAAUGAGAAAAAAAAACCGAAACGACGCGAGUGGUUCGAAUUGUAGUGAUUGGUUGGGGACAUUGAAACACAAACCGCCUUAAAAAAAACAAAAAGCGAAUCCUUAAAUACUGGGCCCCGCGACAGUGAUGCAAAGAAGUCUUUUUAAAAAGAGAAAAACCUUUUCCUAUCUCUCUCUCGCUGUCUCAGAUCUCUCUCUUCUUCAAUGGAUCAUCCCGCUUCUUCCAAGAAAAACCAGCACAACGGAACCGUCUCUUCCGGCGUCAAGGGCUUCGUUGAGCAGCAGAUAUCUCCUGGAGAUGAAAGGAUUGUCUCUUCUUCUUCUUCUACUCCCGUUACUCAUCCUCUUGAUCCCUCCCUGUAUUAUCAAAACCCUACCAAUCUCUAUCCUUACGGUUGGAAUGUUGCACAUUCUGGUUAUGCUCAAGGCAUCAAUGCUUGGGAUGGUUAUCCACUUUAUGCCACUUCCCCUGAAGGCCUUCAUGUCCCACAGGCUGUCUACAAUGAAGAUUCGUCUCUUAUGUACCAACCUGGUUUUGCUUACAACCCUUACCCGUCUAUGAUGUUGGAGGGCCAAAUCCCAUUCUCUCCAGCUUAUUACCCACAGUUUGGGAUGCAUUUUAGCCACUCAGAAUUUGGUGUUGGAAACGACCCAACAUCUGCUUAUAUGAUACCUUUUGGUGGAUAUGGGGGAGGCAACUUAUCUGGGAAUCAAGGGGCCAACUCUUUAACAUAUCCUCAAGCGAUGGGUAUACUUGGGCCAUACGACCAUGAUGCUUCACAGUUACCGUUACAUGGGAACGGAAUUUCUUCAAGCUCUUCUUUGGGAGGAUAUUAUCCUGUAGGAUCUUACCAGAGUCCAAGCUCUACUGCCUCAUACUAUGGAGCUGAUAAUCCAGUCAGAUUAGCCUCUGACAUUGGUAAAAGGCGUGAAAAGGAGUACAGCUCUGUACCUACCACCAGUGAUCUCUAUGGUAAUCGAGGGCCAAGAUCGUUCACCAGGGUAAAGAGCAAGAACGGUUCUGGACUUAGCUCUUCUGCUGGUGAUGCAACAAAUGAUUCAAGCACAGCUGGACCAAAUCCCAGUUUAUACAACCAUUCCGAAUUUGAGACAGAUUAUAAGAAUGCUAGAUUCUUUAUCGUCAAGUCGUUUAGUGAAGACAAUGUUCACAGAAGCAUUAAGUAUAAUGUCUGGGCCAGCACUCCACAUGGCAACAAGAAAUUGGAUACUGCUUAUAGAGAUGCUGAGAAGAUGGGUGGAAAAUGUCCAAUCUUUCUCUUCUUUUCGGUAAAUGCUAGUGGACAAUUCUGCGGGGUGGCGGAAAUGGUUGGACCUGUAGAUUUUGAAAAGGAUGCUGCUUACUGGCAGCAAGGCAAGUGGAAUGGACAGUUCCCAGUGAAAUGGCAUAUCGUGAAAGAUGUACCGAAUAACCGGUUUAGUCACAUUCUUUUGCAAAACAAUGACAGCAAGCCUGUGACACACAGCCGAGACUCUCAGGAGGUGAAGCUACGUCAGGGGAUUGAGAUGCUGAGAAUAUUCAAAGACUACGAGGCGCACACAUCAAUCCUGGAUGAUUUCAGCUACUAUGAUGAAAGAGAGAGUCAAAAGGUGGGAGAAGAUGGAGUGACGAAAGAAGAAACCUUUGCUGUGGAACAGUUAUCAGAGCGUCUUCAAGCUGUCACAGUAGAAGAUGGAAAGGAGGGGGAGAAAGAAGACUUGAAAGAGAAGACCUGAUGUAAGUGAUAGAUGCAGGCAGUGAUAGUAACUAGAAGCAUUCUUUUGGUAAAAAAGGGAGGUUUUAUGUUUUGUUGUUUUCUUGGGUUGGGAGCUUAUACUAAAAUGUCUAAAAGAUAUCCAAUCCAAUUCCUUGUACUUUUGUAGCAUUUUGCUUCUUCUUUUUUCAUCAAUGCAAAGCUUAGUUAGCUAUCUCUUGUAAUGACUCCGCAUAUGUAUCUGAAAGAUAACUAAGACGCU